AUGAAGAAACUGGUGACGCAAAUAAACAUCAUGCUUAUCGUGUUACAGUAUAAUGGUGCCAUGACUAGAGCUGAAAGACUGGCCACCGAAACGAUCGAUAAGGCUAGGACAAGGCUCUAUGGUUUACCCGAAGUUCACAAAGAUGGUGCUCUACUUUGUCCAAUUGUGCGGCACAACCGCAUUUACCUUGGCCAAAUGGAUGUUCCGAUGCUUGAAGUCUCUUACCUCGGGCUCCUCCUAUACGACAGUCUGCUCAUCUAUGGAGUUUCUGGGAAGACUCAAUGGUUUACACCUGGAGGCACAUGA